CUUCACUCUGCUGAUCAGCUCGGCUCUCCAAGGCACAACUUUGGCCAACUUCUUUGCUAAAUAACAACUUUCUCUUAAAGUUAUUUUCCACCUGUUGUGAUCAAAAUGCCUCUGGAGAUAGAGCUGUGCCCUGGUAGAAUGAUUGGAGGAGACAACCCAUGCUUCGUCAUCGCUGAAAUCGGACAAAACCACCAGGGAGACAUUGAGAUUGCUAAGAAAAUGAUCAAAAUGGCAAAGUGCUGUGGUGCAGAUUGUGCCAAAUUCCAGAAAAGUGAAAUAGAGAAUCGAUUUAACAAGAAAGCCUUGUGUCGCCCGUACACCUCCAAAAACUCCUGGGGGAAAACUUAUGGUGAACAUAAGCACCACCUGGAGUUCAACCAUGAUCAGUACAGGGAGCUGAAGAAGUAUGCAGAUGAGUUAGGGAUCUUCUUGACGGCCUCAGGGAUGGAUGGGAUGGCAGUGGACUUCCUGCAUGAGCUUGAUGUGCCUUUCUUUAAAGUGGCCUCUGCAGAUGCUGGCAACUAUCCUUAUCUAGUGAAUACAGCCAAGAAAGGACGUCCCAUGGUGGUGUCCAGUGGGAUGCAGUCGAUGGAUACGAUGCGUCAGGUCUACAAAACAUUAAAGCAACACAACACGAACUUUACCAUCCUGCAGUGUACCAGUGCCUACCCUCUGGAUCCUGAAGAUGUCAACCUCAGAGUGAUAACAGAAUACCAGAAGGAAUUUCCAGAUAUUCCCAUUGGAUAUUCCGGCCACGAGACUGGGAUCAGUAUUUCCAUUGCAGCAGUGGCUCUGGGGGCAAAGGUCCUUGAACGUCACGUAACCUUGGACAAGACGUGGAAAGGAAGUGAUCACGGAGCCUCUCUGGAGCCCGCUGAGCUUAAAGAGCUGAUCUGUAACAUCCGGCUGAUAGAGCGGGCCCUGGGGAGCAGCCUGAAGCGGAUGUUACCCUGUGAGAAGUCGUGCCAUGAUAAGCUGGGUAAGUCAGUGGUGGCCAAGGUCAAUAUUCCCAAAGGAACCACCCUGACUCUGGAAAUGCUGACGGUGAAGGUGGCCGAGCCCAUGGGUGUCAGUGGGAAAGACAUCUAUGAGUUGGUUGGAAAGACAGUGACGAAGGACUUGGAGGAGGACCAGACCAUCCUGCCAGAUGCUGUUGAUGAGUAUGGCAAGAAGGAUGCAUGCUGAAGAAGGCAGAGAGUUGCAGGCAAAAAGCUGUUUAAAAGGAUAUUUAAUGACAUAAUGAGAUCUUAAUUCUUUUAUUUGGUUUCUCAAAUCUAUGAUUUCCAGCUUCACUCUCCCCUUGGUCCUUUUCCUAAAGAUGCCUUAUUAAUUUGUCUAACAUUAUUUGCUCUUUAGUUUUGACUUGCACCAAAGUAAAUCAAAAAGUAUUAAAAACUUGGAGCAGUUGCCAUACAUUUCAUAACACAGCAGUGAGGUCUGAGAGCCUGUCUGCCAGACAGUCUUGAGAUUGCCAGCUAGUAAGACUUGAGCCAGGGUUUGUUUUGUAUAGUAAAGCUUUUUUGAAAGACGCAAAGCAAGACAGCAGCAGUCAGAAACUGUGGCUAGUUUGAUUUCAGAGGAAAUGAGCACACAUAUCCAAGUAACAUAUAAGGUUUUUCAGUCCUCUUUGUGCAUUUUUUAUUUGUCUGUUUACAGCUCACACUGCCCUGUUUGCCUGUAAUUUGAGGGUUAGGAGUAAAUCAACAAUGUAUUAUCAGUUAGGACCAUCAUGGGAAUUUGUAAAAUGUCAAA